AUGGCGGAUUUCGUGCUGCUCCCGCGCGACCUGCCUUGGGAGCGUGCGUACGACCGCGAGGACGCGAACGCGCCGCAGAUCGCCAAGCUGCGCCUUACGCUCCCCGCCGACUACCCCGCCGGGACCGUCCUCAAGCUGCCCAUGCCGUGUGCGUGCAGCGAGCACACGUCCCGCUUCACUAAGAUCAAAGCGGGGACCUCAGUGAUCAUCAAGUGGGACCUCGGCAUCUGCGGCCUCGCAGCGCCACCAGGGGAACCGCAGCUCAACUCCGAGCUCAGCAGCAGCGAGCUGAUCAAGAGCGAGCGGAGCAAUUCGGGCUUCAAGGGCGUGAGCAAAGUGAGCAGCGGAGCCACGCCCUACUGUGUCCAAGUGACCCGCAAGGGCACCAGCGUUGUUCUCGGCCGCUACGCCACGGCGGAGGAGGGGGCGCGGGCCUACGCGGCGACGCCGGAGGGCAUCGCCGACCUGGCGGCAAGGGAUGCGCCGCCACCGCCGCCGCUCCCCUCCAACUCCGAGCUCAGCAGCAGCGAGCUGAUCAAGAGCGAGCGGAGCAGCACGGGCUUCAAGGGCGUGAGCAAAGUGAGCAGCAGUGCCACGCCCUACCGAGUCUUGGUGCAGCGCGGAGGCACCACCGUCAGUCUCGGCUACUACGCCACCGUAGACGAGGCGGCGCGAGGCGUGAGCAACUCGGGCAACGGUGCCACGCCCUACCGAGUCUCGGUGCAGCGCGGAGGCACCACCGUCCAUCUCGGCCGCUAUGCCACCGCGGAGGAGGGGGCGCGACUCAGCAGCAGCGAGCUGAUCAGGAGCGAGCGGAGCAAUUCGGGCUUCAAGUGCGUGUACAAAUUGAGUGGCGGUGCCACGCCCUACUGUGUCCAAAUUUGGCGCAAGGGCACCACGGUCACUCUCGGCUACUACUCCACCGCAGAGGAGGGGGCGCGGGCCUACGCGGCGACGCCGGAGGGCAUCGCCGACCUGGCGGCAAGGGAUGCGCCGCCACCGCCGCCGCAGCCGCAGCUCCCCUCCAACUCCGAGCUCAGCAGCGGCGAGCUGAUCAGGAGCGAGCGGAGCAGCACGGGCCUCAAGGGCGUGAGCAACUCGGGCAACGGUGCCACGCCCUACCGAGUCUUGGUGCAGCGCGGAGGCACCACCGUCCAUCUCGGCCGCUAUGCCACCGCGGAGGAGGGGGCGCGAGUCUACGCUGCAACACCAGAGGGCAUCGCCGACUUGGCGGCAAGGAACGCUCCGCCGACGCCUCGCCCCGCCAAGCGCCCCGCGCCACUCCCUGCCGUGCCGCCCUCCUCCUCCGCCGCUGCGUCGAAGCAGUCGAGCGCCGUGCAGCUGAUCACAAGCGCAACGAACAAGACGGGCUUCAAGGGCGUGUACAAGUUGGGCAGCGGUGCCACGCCCUACUCCGCCCACGUGUACCGCAACGGCGAUCAGGUCGUCCUCGGCCACUUCGCCACGGCAGAGGAGGCGGCGCGUUGCUACGCGCGCACGCCGGAGGCCAAAGCCGACUUGGCGGUCAGUGCCGCGCCGCCGGUGCUCUUUGAUGGCGUCGAGCUCAUCACCAGCGAGCGGAGCAACUCCGGCUUCAAGUGCGUUUGCAAGUUGCACAACGGUGCCACGCCCUACUAUGCCCAGGUGUACCGCAAGGGCAAGAACGUCGUUCUCGGCCGCUACGCCACCGCGGAGGAGGCGGCGCUCCGCUACGCGCGCUCGGCAGAGGGCAAAGCGGAGCUGGCGGCCAGCGGCGGCGUCGACUACCUCGUCGCGUGGAAGGGUUGCUAUGCCCCCUCCUGGGAGCCCGCCUCCAACUUGGCGGACGAGGACGGCGCGGCUCUCGAGGGGGUCGGGCUGGGCCGGUACGCGGCGGCGUUCGAGGAGCAGGGCUAUGAUGACCUCCGCUACUUGCGGACGAUGGACGCGGCGGAGCGCGCCACGGUGGCGGAGAGCGUGGGCAUGAAGCAAGGCCACGCCAACAAGUUUGUCAAGUUCGCGUUUGAGCCGGCGUAG